UAAUGCGAGGAGGAGCGCUAUGCAACUUCCCCUGCGUGCAAGCUCGGGGAGGUCAGUGAGGCCCUAUUUUUGGUUGGGGAAAGAAACUUUGAGAGUCGCAGCGGAACUUUUUGCUUUGAAUAGAACACGCCUGUGUGAUCGGCUGAGAGCAAACAAAGAUGUGCCGGAGAAGUCCAUUGUCCUCCUGCAGGGUGGAGAGCAGACCAACAGAUACUGCACCGAUACGGGCAUUAUCUUUCGCCAGGAAUCUUACUUCCACUGGACUUUCGGGGUGACCGAGGCGGACUGCUAUGGAGCCGUGGAGGUGGACAGUGGGCACGCCAUUCUCUUCAUUCCGAGACUCCCUGAAAGCUACGCCACUUGGAUGGGGAAGAUUCACCCCCCUGAACACUUCAAGCAGAAGUACGCUGUCCACGAAGUCCGUUUCACGGAUGAGAUUUCCCAAGUCCUUGCUUCCAAGAACCCUUCGGUUCUUCUGACUCUGCGAGGAGUUAAUACGGACAGCGGCAGCGUGACCCGGGAGGCGUCGUUUGACGGGAUCAGCCAGUUUACUGUAAACAACACGAUUCUUCAUCCAGAGAUUGCCGAGUGCCGUGUGAUUAAGACGGACAUGGAGUUGGAAGUCCUCCGCUACACCAAUAAAAUCUCUAGUGAAGCUCAUAAAGAGGUGAUGAAGGCUAUCAGACCCGGCAUGAAGGAAUACGAGCUGGAAAGCCUCUUCGAGCACUACUGCUACACCCGGGGAGGAAUGCGGCACACCUCGUACACGUGCAUCUGCGGCAGUGGCCAUAAUAGCUCCGUUCUGCACUAUGGCCACGCCGGAGCGCCGAAUGAAAAGACCAUUGAAGACGGGGACAUGUGCCUGUUCGACAUGGGCGGCGAGUAUUACUGCUACGGCUCGGACAUCACCUGCUCGUUCCCGGCGAACGGGAGGUUCUCUCCCGACCAGAGGGCCAUCUACGAGGCGGUGCUGAAGUCGUCCCGGGCUGUGCUGAGUGCGGUCAAGCCAGGGGUCUCCUGGCCUGCGAUGCAUCGGCUGGCCGACCGCGUCCAUCUGGAAGAGCUCACAAAAAUUGGCAUCCUCCAAGGCAAUGUGGAUGACAUGGUGGAGGUGCACAUGGGCGCUCUGUUCAUGCCGCACGGGCUUGGCCACUUCCUCGGAAUCGACGUGCACGAUGUGGGCGGCUACCCGGAGGGCGUUGAGCGCAUCGACCUGCCCGGGCUCCGGAGCCUGCGAACUGCCCGCGACCUCGUGCAGGGAAUGGUGCUGACGGUUGAGCCGGGCAUCUACUUCAUCGAUCACCUCCUGGAUGAGGCCCUGGCCAAUCCCGCCCAGGCCUGCUUCAUCAACAACGAGGUCCUGGCACGCUUCCGAGGCUUUGGCGGGGUGCGAAUCGAGGACGAUAUUGUCGUGACAGCCAAUGGGAUGGAGCUGCUGACUUGCGUCCCCCGUACUGUGGAGGAGAUCGAGACGUUCAUGGCCGAAAAUCAGGCGAGCACCAAAUCCUUUGCCAGCCAGAAGUCUUAAUCACAAAGCUCGUGGAUUCCCUCGCGUGGCGCAGUGACGCUGAGGCAGCAGGUCCCAGUUUGAAAAUGCUCAGCCGUUGCUUUAUUACCAAGAGCAGGUCUUGGGAUAUGUGGCCAGGAAUACAAGGAGCCGCAGUCCUGUUGGGGCAGUGAUCUUUUUGAGCUAUGGGUAUUCUAAUCUUAAACAGGUAUCAAAAUCAAUAUAUGCAAAGUGCUCUCUUCUGAAGCAGUAGCACAUAGCAGGGGGAUUUCUGAUCUGCAUUUCAGUAAAUCAUUAUGCUGGAAACUGUUGGACCGAAUAAACAAAUCAAUUAAAAAGUCAUCUUAAAUGCA